UUCUCAAUAAUUGAAUUCAAAAUUAUUAUUUUCUUUUUUGAUCUUUCAGACAAUGUGAUUGCAGACAUGCACGGUUAAGAAACUUUCCAGGGUCACUUGAUUCUUUUUCUCUGUUUGUUGUUAUUUGUGAUAGAGACCUCUCUUCUUUGAGCCCUUUCCCCCUAAACUCCACUUGGCCUUUUCAGCUUUUUCUUGAUUUUUUUCUUUUUUUUUUUUGAUUGUGGGUUUUUGAUUUUAAGGGGUUUUAGAGAUUUUUGCUCAUUGAGGGCUAAUUGGGAAUUCUUGAUAAAGAUUCCAUUUUUCAGGUUGAAUUUUGCUAUUGGGUGCCCAUUAAGGGCAAGUUUGUUGGGAAUUCUUGAAAAAGAUUCCAUUUUUCAGUGUGAAUUUUGCUAUUGGCUGGCUCGUUAAGGGCUAGUUUUCUUGGCAUUUUUUGAAAAAGAUGAAAUCUUUCAGGGUGAAUUUGCUAGUGGCUGCCCAUUAAGAGGGAUAAUUUUAUUGGGAAUUCUUGAAAAAGAUCUCAUUUUUCAGGGUGAAUUUUGCUAGUGGCUGGUUCAUUAAGGGCUAGUUUUCUUGGCAAUUCUAGAAAAAAGAUUCCAUCUUUCAGAGUUUUCGAGAAAAGUUGAGUUGUUUGAAGCAGGAAAGUUGACCUUUUAGGGAUGAUUUUUUUUGUUUGCAAGUGUUGUGAAGUAUUGAAUCCACUAAUGGCUGCAGCUUUUAGUACAGACUCUUAUCAAUCUCAGUAGUGUUUUCACAUUAGCUUAUGUAAGCAUGUCUAUAUGUUUCCGAUCACUCAAUUAUUUGCCUAGUAGUGUAAACUCCUGUCUAAGCCAGAGCAAAGGAAAGAAAAACCAUGCUCUGGGCAAACUUGCAGCUUCAAUCACCCCACCACAAAUCGAAGCACUCGUCACUCUAUCCGAAAAUAACAAAAUUCCCUUCCCAAAUAGCCCUUCAACAAAUAGGAAUUUUAUCGGGCCGUUAUCCGAUUCCAGUAUAGGGAUAAUCGGAGGUCUCUUUUCCGAUUCCAGUCUAAAUUUCUCCAAGAAACUCGACUCUAAUUCGCCGUUUGUCGUUUGCAAAGACCCCCCUCUGAGAAAUGACGAGCUAAGUUCAUUCGCUUUUCCGUCCGGUAAAACGGGACCCGCACACAAUGGUCAUCAGAGUUCUAUAGUGGAAAAUCUAAGGCGUAAGAGGGUUUUUCUCGAGAAAUCUGGAGUUUGUUGCAUUGCGAUGCCUUGCCACGUGUCGCAUUUGUGGCACGACGAGAUUAAAGAAGGAUGUUCUGUUCCGUUUCUUCAUAUGGGUGAAUGUGUAGCUAAGGAACUAAAGGAGGCGAAAUUAAAGCCGAUCGAAGCUGGAAGCCCUCUUCGUAUCGGUGUUCUUGCCAUUAAUCCAACUUUGGUAGCUAAAGUUUAUCAGGAGAAACUUGAACAAGAGGGUUUUGAAGUUAUAAUGCCGGAUAAGGCAACCGUAGCACACAUCGUGAUCCCUGCAAUUGAGGCAAUAAGCAGAAAAGACUUUGAAGGAGCCCGGAAUUUAUUCAGAAUUGCACUACAAGUUCUUCUCGUAAAAGCCGUGAACAAAAUAGUUGUUGCUUCGGACGAGUUUCGUGGGCUUUUGCCGCCAGAUGAUCCGCUGUGGCGCAGGUGCGUGGAUCCCGUGGACUCUUUAGCCCGAUCGGCUGUUGAGUACGCACGAGGUAAAUGAAGUUCAUCAUAUAUGUUCAUAGUGUAUACAUUUUCAUAUGUAUAAUUAUUUAAUUUUUUAUAUUUGUUUUUUAUAUUUUUUGUUUCUGUAAAAACCAGUUAUUCAGUAGUCUCAAGGGAUUUGUGUGUAUAUUUGCAAGUUACAUUUGUUUGAUUAGAAUUAGAGGGUUGGGAAAGAAAGAUUGUGAGGUAUAGAUGUUGAAAUUGUUCAUGUAUAAAUAGUGAAAUUCUCACAAUUUUAUAUAUGUUUUAUGAACUAAUAAUAUGUUUUUAA